AUGUUGGCAAGAAAGGCUACUUGGGACCACAACGGCCUGAUCACAUUGGACGAGGCCCUCUCCUUCGCCAAGCACGCCGCGGGGCUCAGCCGCGGCCUCAAGGCGCGAGACACGCUGACCGCGGGCGCCCUCACGCAGGGCCACUGCAGCCUGGCGAUGUGGCGCGCGCUGCAGCAGCCGGGCGGGCGGCGCGUGUUUGUGGAGUGGGUGGUGCAGCUGAUCACGCACGGCACGGAGGCGGCGCCGGCGGCUGGGUGGGACGUGCCGUGCGUGGGGGCGGCGGCGGUCAAAAACCUGUACCAGCUUUUUGACAUGGAGGUGCGCGUGAUUUAG